CAAAUGAAUAUCUCAAAGAGCUCAUUUUGGAGAUUAGAAUUACAAAAUCUAGAAUGUCUAUACUUGCACCCAGAAAUGGAAAUGUGUCUUGCAGUAUGUCAUCGAAUGCUUUGGGAAAUGUAAAUACGGAAACUUUGAUAGAUUUCUUAGAACAAGAGAUGCAGCUGAAGUGAAAAAAAGAUCGAACAACGAACUGAACAAAUUUUGUUUGUAAAGCUGCAAGCUCUAAACAGUUUUAUUAUUUACGCUUUACAUCUAAAUAUACUGAGCGAGAACAAAGGGAAAGAUCAAUGUUUUCAUAACUUCAAAACUGCAUUUAAGAAACGUUGCUCAGAUACUGAAUACAAUUUAGAUUGAUUUUAAAAACAAUUGGUGCUGAAAAGUAGUCUUAAUUUAUGUCUGCGUAUGGUAAAAGGAAAAAUUGACGUCCUACCCUUGGAACCCAUGAAAAGUCUCCUAAUCUUCUAUUUGGAAAUUGGCUGCCUCGUUUUUGUCUCACUUCAGGAAAUAUGCACUUGUAUUGGUCCAUUUCACUGGUCCUUUUGGGAGCUUUGAGGUGUAAGACCGCUGACUCGCCAAUGAUCUACGGCUCAGCGGAAUUAGAGCACGACUGGGCCAUUGCCUUCAAGCUCAUCAUCACCGUCAAAAUGCAGUACCCAGUCCCUAACGGUUGGAGGAUCGCACUGAUAUUUUCCCAGCCAAUCAAGAAGAUCGACGUAUGGCGAGCGAUCGUCUUAAAGAAAUCUGCCGAUCAAAGAAUACAUGAUCUCAAAGAAGAAUAUUUCAAUAAAAAAUUGGCAACGGGUCAAGUUCUAACAUUUGCUGUGGUGGCCUACAAAGGCAAGAGAAACUCCCCCCCUGGUAACGUCACAGUUAUAUUCAAAGGCGGAAACAAAAGUCCUCGACUCCCCACCCAGACCCCGUUUCAGCCCACGACACCUCAACAAGUUAUACCGAUCUAUCCACUUAAGCCGGUCGAUGAAUCGAAUUCUGGUUUUAAAAUGAUCAUGGAAUACCACGUCCCAGAGGCUGUGAAUUACUGGAGCAUAUCACUCAAGUUCACCAAAAAUAUCAGCACGAAGAAUUUUGCUAUCGACAAGGCGACAGUCUCGCUUCCAAAAGCAUCAACUAACGACUCUUUUUGUCUCGGACCCCGGCCCUACAACAAGAAGCUCAAAGCGAAAUCAUAUCUCCGCCUUGAAUUUAACUGCUACAAAGCGAAGUUGUACGAAGCUGCACCGAAUGCAUUCUUCGUUUUCAAUCCAAAUGCGACGAAAUGUAAAGAUUUUGAUCUGCCUGCCCCAGCUCCUGGACCACCGGCCCCACAAGAACGCGCCGGCGUAGAAUUGAUUCAUCAAUGGCCGCCAAAUAACUUCAAGAUGAGGUUUGAGUUGCAAGUGAUAGAUUCUGUCCGAGGCGGAUGGAAAGUUAUCUUGGAGUUUUCCAGACCAGUUGCUGAAAUAUCCAAUCUGAACGCAGCCAAGCUUUCCGGAAAAUCCCAAGACGGACAAACCUACUACAUCGAGAAUUUCCCGGGACAGAUUCAGAACGCCAACCUGAAGCAAUGUGAAAAAAUUCGAAUCGAGUUUUCCGGGAAACUGGCACCAGGUUCAAAUGCGCCCCUGACGGCUCAGGUGCUAUUUGAGAGGAAAGAACCAGAAUACGCGGAGGUGAAUCUUCAUGGGGCGUGUCCAACUAAAGGUCCAUCAGCAAAAUAAUCCAGGACAAAUUCAGUCAUGAUCAAAAGUUUUAGAAAAUAGCGGGAUUCGAUAACUCUGUGGCGAACAUAUUUUGAUUUUUCUUUCAACUGAUCACCUUCACUGAUUGUUUGCUCGCAAGAGGCGCAAUUUUAGGGGUUUUAAUGGUUCAAUAAAUUGUGCAAAACAUUCAACACGA